AUGGAUCAUAUUAUAUGUACUACAUUAAAUGCUUUUAAAGAGUCCUGGCCUGAUAUAGAUACUUCCGUGUGGGAUAUUUUAGCCAGAAGAAUUCGUGAAUUGCUUUUAUGCCCAGAAUGUCACGAACCUAUUUUCACAAAUCCGCAACAAAAGAAUAUUACUAUUCUUACAGACAGACGCAUGAUUCAUAGUGUUUGUUUUGAAUGUCCUGCUACUAAAGCCGAAGAAAAAAAUGAUGUUUCUCAGAUCAAAGCUUCACAGGAUACUAAACCCUCGAAUCGUAAUGCUGAUAUGGUUGAAGUUCCUAUUAUAAAAGAACAAGAAGUCUUAGAACCUAUUUCUUAUCCGGAAAAUAGUAUUUUGCAUAAUAAUUCACGAAAUAGUAGCUCUGCUGAGAAUGAUUUAAUAUCUGACUCCGAAAUCAAACAGCAAACUCGAGACAUCACUAAUUUGCAUGAUGUAGGUAAUCAGAAUUCAGAAUCAUUCACAAGUUCGCAUCCUAUCUCUAAUAAUCCCGUCUUAUCAGAACAAAAUGCUAAAAUAAAAGCAUCUGAAAUAGAUAUACAGCCUUUGAUACAAGAAUUGCUUAUAGAACCUUCGAAAGAAGAUUGUGUUAAGAUUGUUAAUGUCCUGCUGUUGAUCAAUCGCCUGCAAUCGAAUUAG